GCCUGAGGAUGUCUAACCUUGGUUUCAACCGGAUGCUGCAUUGCAAUGAAACGCUGUUAACGCCUGAUCAUCACUUCGCACCUUGCUGGAGGUGCUAUCCACUGAUAAAGAGGCCUUCGGCCGGUGGCACGCACACGUGCGCUCGCGCAAGCGCACCACUUCCGCACAGGCGGUCCCUCAGUGUUUACAAACAAGUGGCCUACAGAUGGCAGGGUCACUCACCCCGAUGAUAACAAGGCCCGCAGACAGGACGGCACAGGACUGCAAACCUGCAGCCCCAGCACAGCAACGUGAAGCAGUCCUGCCUGUCUGCCCCACCAUUUGUUUGCACUGAUUACAGACUGUAACGAUAAUCAUUGAAAAGACAGUCUAACCUCAUCAUUACACAGUAACAAGAUGCUGCAGAAGGAGCGACGUGGAAAACCAGGCAUGGAGCAUGUAGUGGAGGAGGAAGACCAGCGUGCACUGUGUCUUCACGCUACUGCGACGUGGAGACUGGAGGCAUCUCGAUCCUGCAAAAUGAUCUAAUAUACGUGCGUGUUUGUCGGUUUCAACGCGGGAUCACUCUAUGAAAUCGAUGCAUUGUGACAGAUUAUCGAUUAUCAUUCGCUGCGGUGGUUACUGUGGCUGACUGCACGUGUAAACUCGUUGGUCCGCUCCUUCACUGCGUGCUUCAAAUCUACACUCCGCCUCUUACUUUCCGCCGAACUGCAUAUGCGCGUACUGCUACCCACCAACCGACCUUGAAUGUGUCCUCGGAUGAAGUCUCAACCCUGAUUGGUCGCAAGUGUAGGCCUGCAUCGGCUUUCUGCCUUCUCAUUGGUGGAAUGCGCUGUCACUCAAGACAUAUCCUUCUCCUGCUGGUUUGGUUGGAUCUCUCUGCUACCCUUUCUCUCGGCGGUGGGUCGGAGCCGCUGUCCCUGGCCUCGCAUGUUCCCCUCUAAAUUCCUGUUUUGAAUUUGAUGCCCCUUUUAUUGAUUUGCUCCACCAUUUGAAAGGGCGCAUUCGGGCGUCUGUAGUCUUGGGUUUUAUUUGUCCCAAUAUUUGACGUUUACAGACUUGUACACGAAACAUGGCCGUGGUGAGCGGAUCGUCUGGGCCGGUCGCCCGGCUCGAGGGCCGUGAAUUCGAAUACAUGAUGAAAAAGCGCUCGGUGACCAUCGGCCGGAACUCGUCCCAGGGCUCCGUGGACGUGAGCAUGGGCCACUCCAGCUUCAUCUCGCGGAGGCAUCUGGAGGUGUUCAACGUCAGCGACGACGGCACCAGCAGCGGGGAUUUCUACCUGAGAUGUCUCGGUAAAAACGGGGUGUUUGUAGACGGAGUGUUCCUCAGACGGGGUGCCCCUCCUCUGCAGCUACCGCGAGUGUGCACCUUCAGGUUCCCCAGCACAAACAUCAAGAUCACAUUCACCGCCCUGUCCAGUGGGAAGAAAGUGAAGCGCGAAGCUCCGGAGUCCCCAGUGAAACCAGUGCAGCCCCAGAUCUCCCCCCUGACCAUCAACAUUCCAGACAACAUCGCUCACCUAAUGAGCCCCCUGCCAUCGCCUACUGGCACCAUCAGUGCUGCUAACUCGUGCCCCUCCAGCCCGCGAGGCGCAGGCUCGUCAGGCUACAGGAUGGGCGGUCGCAUGGUCAGCUCUGCAGAGCUGCAGCUAAUAAACGACAACUCACAGCCAGAGAACGACAAAGACGCCUCCGGAGGGGACAGCCCCAAGGAUGACUCCAAACCUCCGUACUCCUAUGCACAGCUGAUAGUCCAGGCCAUAACGCUGGCUGCGGACAAGCAGCUCACACUAAACGGAAUCUACAACCACAUCACAAAGAACUACCCGUACUACAGGACCGCAGACAAGGGCUGGCAGAACUCGAUCCGCCACAACCUGUCGCUGAACCGUUACUUCAUCAAAGUGGCGCGGUCGCAGGAGGAGCCGGGCAAAGGGUCGUUCUGGAGGAUAGACCCGUCCUCAGAGGGAAAGCUCGUCGAGCAGGCCUUCAGGAAACGAAGGCCCCGGGGAGUCCCCUGCUUCAGGACCCCGCACGGACCCCUGUCCUCCAGGAGCGCCCCGGCGUCCCCCAAUCACUCGGGGGUUCUCUCCGCUCACUCCAGCGGCGUCCAGACCCCCGACAGCCUAUCGCGAGAGGGCUCCCCCGUUCCUCUGGAGCUGGAGACGUCCUCGGCCUCCUCCACCACCACCACCGCCGCGGUCCAGCCCAAACUGGCAGUCAUCCAGGAAGCACGCUUUGCACAAAACACACCAGGCUCGCCUGUUAACAACCAGCCGGUACUCAUAGCAGUCCAGCGUCCGUUACCUCAAACCAUUAAGCCGGUGACCUACACCAUGGCUUCCCCAGUGAGCACCAGCACCUCUCAGCCUGCUGUGCAGACGGUCCACGUCCUGCAGCAGAUCCCAGCAGGGUCCCUCAGCCCCGCCACCACCGUCAUCGCCCAGUCGGCCACCAUCAUCAACAAGAGCGAGCUGCAGGAGAACGGCGAGCACGCAGAGGUCAAAGUCAAAGUGGAGACGGUUCCCACCAUCACCUCGAUAGGCGGCUCCAGUCGCAUCAUCCAGAGCAGCCAGCCAGCCGCCCCCCUGCAGACUGUGACCAUAGUGCAGCAGGCCCCCGUGGGUCAGCACCAGCUGCCCAUCAAGGCCAUCACGCAGAACGGCACCCACAGCAUCACCACUGCCAUCCAGGGAGCCGCCAGCUCAGCCCCAGUCGCGGCGAGCCCCCUUCACCUGCUGGCGGCCCACGCCUCCGUCUCCGCCUCCCUCCCCACCAAACGACAGAACGGGGACCAGCUGACCAAUGAACAGCCGGACGCCAAGCGCAUCAAAUCAGAGGACGAGUCGGCCCCGGCCACAGACUCGGACUCGUCUGCAGCUAACGACUCGGGCAGCCAACCCAACUAAUCUGUACAACCACAUGCCACAUGACCCCUACCACCAUCACCACCACCAUCACCUUCUCCUCCUCCCUCCACGGUUUCUCUCUCUCUCUCUCUCUCUCCCUCUCUCGUCCCCGCCAUUCGUUUUGUUUCUCCUCCUCCUGACUCCCGAGGUGCCAAACGGAGAGGCUUCUUUUCGUUUUCAGUUUCUGUUCGAGAGCAUUGAAAGGAAACCAUCGUGUCCACCCCCCUUUUUUUUUCUUUUAAAGCCCGGACUGUGGGUUGAGAACAAAACAAAGUAAUGGGACAAAGAUGAACUGAAAGGUGUCCCCUGUGAGACCCUGAAACAGGAGAGUGACUAAACCAAGACCACAGGAAGCCUUAACAACAAUUAACCCUUAUUAAGAGCUUGACCUUUGACCUCAAGCGGUCCAGCGGGGACUCGGCUUGGGCUGGACGCCACCUUUCUGUCGCACCUACCUCAGAGCAGAUGGGGAGCCUCCGGUCGCCAGCAGAGAAGCAUCCUCCCCCGGACCCGUCGGGACGAAGUGACCAACCGAGCGGCGAGUGUGACGAGUUCAGCGGUUAAAGAGGAAAACAAAAACAAACGGUCGUCAGAAAGGGAUCAACUCGGAGCCAAUAUUCCUGAAACUCUGGCAGCUAGCCGCCUCACAAUACUGACCUUCCUUUAUCGCAGCUGUACGUAGAUAUGCAGUAUUUUGUUGUUCAAAUGUGCAGCAUAGGAUUUUUUUUAAAUGUAUUUUCACUUGCGUAGAUAAGUAAUAAUUUAAUGAAAGGAAGCGUACAAAAUGAGGUCGAUGACAUUUCGGUAACUAAGUUAGGAAACUCACUUUUCUCACUUUUUUCUUCUUUUUUUUACGUGGACUUGCUUUUCUGUUGGGUGAAAACAGUGUAAUAGUUUUUCCUAAUAUCCGUUUCUUUUUCCCCUCGUUCUGACAUAUCCAUAUGAAUUUGCUUAGUUAUGCCUACAUAUUUUAAUACUCGCACAGAUAACCGAUGUAACCAUAUGAAAUCUCCAUGUGUAGUUCCAGAUGUUGACCUUGCAUGUACCCGACAAACCGAAGUUGUGAACUGUAAAUUGAACGGAGGAAAACAAAAUGCUUUGUCCGAACCAGACCUGCACUUGAUUAAAUGUUUGUGUUUUCAUUUCCCUUCUUCUUCUUCUUCUUCUUCUGUUGUUUUCCUCCCACCCUCCUCCUCCUGGUCCCCCCGGCUGUGUUGACGUUGUGGUGUUGGCAGACCCGCCCCUCCAGUCCUCCUUGCUUGAUAAUUUUACUCUGUUCCGGCGACCUGGCGAGUCUGUUUUAUGAUUGUACACGUUCCAAACAAUAAGAAAAGAAAAAAAAAAAGUCAAUGUUCUGCUUCAGUGGAGAAAUGCUUUUUUUUAAAAAAAAAAAAUAAAUUAAUUUAAAGCCC